GGAGAGCGCGAGGGGCAACAUGGAUGAGAAAGAAGCUGACGGCGCCGCAGCAGCCUGAGAAAACCUAACGAGGGAAUGAAUGCGCUCAUUUUGGCGCCUUCCAACGUUAACAGGAGCCUUUCUGACGGCAAUGUUAGAAAAGAAGAGAAGAAAGUACGAUGUCAUUGAGCGCCUCGUGUGAAACGGUCUCUGAGAAGAGGACUCUGUCGAGCCUCCUCGCUGGCCGUGUGGUGAAGAGGCCGAGGCAGGAAGAUGCUCACAGUCUGCAGCAGGCUGCGAUCCAGCUGCUGGAGCAGCAGCAGAACCUCUGCGGUCUGCUCAGGGAGGUCGGGAAUACAGAUCCGUGGAACGUUUUCAGUGAGCUGAAACCGACGGGGACUGGAAGCACCUUGUCCUCCGCCUCAGGAGCACUGCUGGUGCGGGAGCUGUGGCGGCGAGCCGGGCAGCUGGGCGUCCCUGUGGCGGCGCUGUCUGUGAAGAUGAUGGUGGAGAGGCUGAAGGAGAUAAUCUUAAGCGAGGAAGAGGACCAGACGAGAGGCCUCCUCAGUUCCUCUCAGCGAGUCCAGCUCUGCGUCCUGCUGGAGUCCAGCAGAGAACUGCUGUCACAAGGAGUGCUCUGCCCCAAACUGCUGUGGCAGGAGUACAGAAGGGAUCAGAGAGUACCCAACCUGGAGGUGGUGUGCCAUCUCCACUUUUACAACAUCCUCACCUUGAGGUACAUCAUAGAGACUGAUGAAGACGUGAGGCAGUGGUUGGUGUCCCAGGUGAAGGACCUGUGCAGCUGGACGCCUGCACGUGGAGGCGAGGACACCAAGAAGAUGCUCUCAACGGUGGUUGGAGUCCUGGUGGGAGUCGGCUUUGAGCUGAGCUCGAGGCCGGCGGCUGCCGACAGGAAGGCGUCCCUGCUCUGCUGCUCGCUGCUGGACGACGUGCUCUUCUGGCUGCUUGACACUGUGGAAAGGAGCCAGACGCCGCGGUGUGCCGGAGCCGCAGCUGAGCUAUGGAUUGAGAUGUUCGACGCCUCGCUGUGUGGAGUUUCGGCCUCAGGGGAGACCCUUCAACGGUUCUUCACACACUCCCUCACCCAGACUCUCACUUACAAGCCACAACUAACCGUGUCCGAUGCCAUCGCGCUGCAGAGUGAGUGGACCUUCGCUAAAUCCAACCGGCUGUUGACCUCUCUGUUCCGUAAGCUAGCUGUGAUCUUCAGUGUGGAGCAGCUGCUGUGUCACCUGCAGCAGGUUUUGGAAACCCACGAGGUCAACUGGAAACACGUCCUGUGCUUCCUGUCCACCCUGCUGGUGUACAACCCUUGUGCCCAGCUCAGCCUGAGAGAGCUGCUGUCCAAACUGCUGAGCUCGGCAUUCGAAGGCUACGACCUGGAGAACAUGAUAACUGCCUUCCUCUUGGCACGACAGGGAGCACUGGAGGGACCUGCCGUCUUCCCCUCCUACAGCAACUGGUUCAAGAUGUCUUUCGGGGGAGGCAGUGGCCGCCAUGCGACCAGUAAGAAAUCUCUGGUGUUUCUGCUAAAGUUCCUGUCUGACUUGGUGCCCUUUGAACCACCACAGUACCUCAAGGUUCACAUCCUGCAUUCUCCUUAUGUACCUGUAAAACACCGGAGUCUCCUGAUGGAGUACGUCUCCCUGGCCAAGACCAGGCUGACUGACCUCAAGGAGUCAGUGGAGGACAUGGGUUUAUACGAGGAUGUCUCCGGUGAAGGUGGAGCGUCAUUGCAGGGUCAGGCUGUCCAGGAUGUGGAGAAGGCCGUGUCUCUGUUUGAGACCACAGGAAGAAUCUCUGCCACAGUGAUGGAGGCCAGUAUAUUCCGGCGGCCGUAUUUCCUGACACGGUUCCUCCCCGCUCUGCUGACGCCGAGGAUGCUUCCCGUCAAAGCUGACGCUCGGAUGAGUUUCAUAGAGGCUCUGGGAAAAGCAGAUAAGAUUCCUGCUGGCCAGUAUUCAUCUUAUGUGGAGUCCUGCCAGAAACAAAGGCAUAAGGAGGGAGGUGCCGUGUGUUUGGACACCAGCGAUGAGCCCGUAGAGGUGCUGAGGAUCCAGCUGCAGGAGUUCACCCAGCUGCUUGUUGAGGGCAGUGAGGGAGAGGUGUCUGCCCAGCUGUCCCGGAUCUCUCACACUCUGAGCGUCGUCUUCCCCGGCCGCCCCGCCGAUCCCGUGGGACGGACGCUCAUCGAGCUCCACACGGGGGCGCCGCUGUGCCCCGAGCUCCACGUCACAGUCAUCAACAUGAUCCUGAGGAACUUCUGCCAGUGCCUGCUCAACGCCUCCAGAGCAAACCCUCCGAACAAACAAAGCGCUUGGGCCUCCAUGUUUGUCAACACGCUGCUCAGCAACACACAGCUCCUCUCAGGCCUCAUACACCGACUCUGGGACCUAUUUCAUAACCAGGCGUCUUCGCUGGGUACCGCCCACCAGCUGGGUCUGGCGGCGUUCGUGGUCCAUCUUCACGCCUGCACGUCCCAGGGUCCUCUGGUCCAGCUGGUCCCGCCCACACUGCCGGGCCCAGUGUGCGUCGGGGAAGCCCUUAACGCGGCGCUGGUCUGCAGCACACGUGCCGACAUGCUCUUCUGUGUCAGGUUGUGUGUGGCAGCUUUGUCCUACGGGAUCUGCAGAGGGGACUCAGUGCCUCAGGAGCAACGGCAGGAUUACGUCCUCAGCGGCUUCUAUAAAAAGCUCCUGUACCUCAUCCCAAGGCUGUCCCCUGAAACCAGAGCAACUCCCGUCACAGCCAGCGGUCCAACCGGUGAGCCGCUGGGCCUGUGGGUCAGUGCCACAGACGCCACCGGCACCUGGAGGGAGACCGCCGGGUCUCUGUGGAGGCACCCGGCGUUCCGUCAGCUGGAACACACGCCGCAAUAUCAGUUACCGUUGUCUGAAUGGCUCGCCAUGGAGCUCAGAGUUCAGAGAGGUGAAGACACGCUGUCGGACCCAGAACGUCAGGAGUACCAGCAGUGGGCCUGCUGGGAGCUGUACCUGUCCCGUCCGGAGGAGCAGGGCGGCUGUGGAGGAGACACAAGGAUCCUCUGCUCUCACUUGCUCUGCGCCGUCGUGGACCAGCAGUUGAGCAACCACAGCGUGGAAAGGCCGGAUCUCAGAGUAUCAGCCACAGGAACCUGUCUGCCCGACAUCCUGGCCCGGUUACAGGAGCUUGUAUAUGAGAUGGAAGUGACUGACCUCUAUCAUGAAACCAGCCGCCCCGACGUGUGCGACCUCCUGCUGGAAUCGGUGUCUCAGAGAUGCUCCUCCUCAGCUCCACCCGGCGUCGGCGCAGAGCUCAGCCUGCAGCACGCGCUGAACGCGUGGAACAGGGUGAUGUUGGCUCUCCCUGCAGUGCUGCUCGUUAAAGUGAAGUCCGAUGGAGGGAGGACGACUGUGGAGCUUGACGCGCUGAUAGAACAUGUCAACCAGCUUCAGAGGAGGGCCUGUUCCCCGGUCGGCUUGCUGUCCUGCCACCUGACGUCACACUUCCAGAGAGGUGUGUUGUGUGCCGCCGCGCGCUGCGGACGCUCCAGGGAAGAAGUCAACAAAGCCUGGUCCCAGAUCAGUGUCCGCUGCCCGCUGCUCCUGGUCUCCGCUGCGCACUGGUGGGAGUGCCUGUCUCCGGUGCUGUCUUCCCAGUGGCGUCGUCUGUGUGACGGAGAGCUGCUCCCGGAGCAGCUGCAGCUCCUGGAGGACUGCCGGAAGUGGGCCUGCAGCCUGGAGGGGGGGCUGGCGGCGGCGCCCGCGGCUGCUGCUCUGCUGCUUGCUGUCAGCCUGCACCGGGCCUGGCGAGGCAGCGUGCGCGGCGAAGGGGGCCUCAGCGCGCUGCGCCCUGAGAGGAGCACGCUGCACCGACAGGUGCUGGUCUUCCUGCUCUUUCUGUGUGUUAAGGACCAUCUGUCCUCCCUCUUGUAUCCACAGGAGAGGAGCCCCCGGGGGGUGGCGGAUCUCUGCAGCCACCUGCUGGUGGCUUUAGUGGACUGCGCCGACUGGCUCCUCCUCUUCCAGCCAAGCGGGCGAGGCGUCUACCAGCCGAUCGCCAUGGUGAUGUCAGACGAGUUCACCCGACUGAUGCCGUGGGCCUUCUACAGCCUGCUGCUGCGGCAGAGCGCCGACCUGCAGCGCAGGGCGGUGCGCACGCCGGGCUUCCUCUUCACCGCCGUCCUCUGCUACGUCGGCCUGCUGCAGCUCUUCCUGGAGGGACAAGUUCCCGAACCCGAGCAGGUGGAGCCCUUCUGGAUUCUGAGCCACGCCAAGCAGUUUCUCCUGAGAGCGAUCCCGCAGACGACUCUGAGCGGCGUGUCCUCCAGUCGACUCAGAGAGCUGGAGUCCCAGUGCGCAGACUUGGACCCGGAGGUGGCAGCGGCUCUCUCCGUGCACCUUGACCCUCCCAGCCUCAGCCCAGAGAUGGACUUCCUCUAAACAGGCUGCCUGUCUAGAGACACACAGCGAUGGUUUCUGACUCUACAGCCUCCCAGAAACAUGUUCCUCCUGUUUGAAACAGGACUCUGUUCACAUUCAAAGGCAAAAUACUCAGCUGUGUAAAAAAAGAAAAAAAAUCCUACAUUUUAUUUAUACAUAAUUCACACAGGACUUUACUGUACACAUUAUCAGAAGCCCUUUUAGCUGUUUACAA